AGUAAAUGGUGAUGGCUACUUUCAAGAUAAAACAAAAACUUGAGACUUUUUUUUUAUGAUUUUUAAAAGUCGAGGUUCCGACGAGUUCAAAAAUAAUGGAAUUAAUAUUCUUAUAAAUACAAGCAUCAUUCUUCGUUUAUGUCACAAAACCUUAAACACAUUGCUUUCUAUUUAAAAACCUCUUUAUUUUUCUCUCCAUGGAAGCUCAACUUCAUGCCAAGCCUCAUGCUCAAGGAGAAUGGUCCACAGGCUUCUGUGAUUGCUUCUCUGACUGCCGAAACUGUUGUAUCACAUUAUGUUGUCCAUGUAUCACAUUUGGCCAAGUCGCUGAGAUUGUAGAUCGAGGAUCCAAAUCGUGUUGUGCGGCUGGAGCAUUAUACAUGUUGAUAGACUUAAUAACAAGUUGUGGGCGUAUGUACGCGUGUUUCUAUAGUGGAAAGAUGAGAGCUCAAUACAAUAUUAAAGGAGAUGGUUGUACUGAUUGCCUUAAACAUUUUUGCUGUAACCUCUGUGCUUUGACCCAACAAUACCGUGAACUCAAGCACCGCGGUUUCGAUAUGAGCCUUGGAUGGGCAGGGAACGCAGAGAAACAACAAAAUCAAGGUGGAGUGGCGAUGGGUGCUCCAGCCUUCCAAGGCGGCAUGACCCGCUAAGAUUGAUUUCUCUAUGUGAUCAUCAUUUGUCUUAUGUGUAAUAAAAACGAGGUUUAAUCCUCUGUCGUGUGUGUAUGUGUUGUGUAAUCUUCUGUUUGUUUUUGAAAGUUUGAACAUGAGUAUUUCUUUAAUGUAUAUCCCAAUGUAAUGGAUCACAAUUGUUACGAGUGUUAAAUUACAACGUCGAUAAAGUUACACCAAAACAAUACUUACGUCCUUUUUAUGGAUGUUAGGUUAUUUGGUCGUUCUAUUCGUCAUUCAACGAACAUUAAUCGGAAGACUAGU